AUGCCCUUGCACACGCUAGUCAAUCUGGCUCACGGACGGCCAAGGCCGAGACAGGGACGGAGAAGGAUCCAAGGUCCCAUUGGUUACAAAAGCGAGGAAAAGAUGGUCGAGGAUAGCCGAGACCGGAAGGACCGGCAUGUCAGCGGGUUCGGUUGGCCGAAGCGCAAUGUCGACAAGUAA